AUGGCUUCUUCGUCGUCCUCUCCCAAAUCGCCGACGACUCCGAAAUCUCCCUCUUCCAGAAAAAAUGACUCAUUCCUGGGAAAACUUGGAGGAACUUUAGUAAGAAGAAAGAAAGCAAAAUAAGUGUCUGAGCUCCAGGAGGAAGAGAUGAAUGCAAUCAACCUGCCACUGAGCCCCACCCAAUAUGAACUGGACCCAGAAGACACCGUGUUAGAGGAGAAUGAGGUCCGCACCAUGGUCGACCCCAACUCCAACAACGACAGCAAACUACAGGAAGUCCAGAAGGUGCUGAUUGACUGGAUCAAUGAUAUGUUGGUAGGAGAGAGGAUCAUCGUGAAGGACCUGGCUGAAGAUCUAUACUACGGGCAGGUUCUGCAGAAACUCUUUGAGAACCUGGAGGGGGAGAAGCUGAACGUGGCUGAGGUGACCCAAGCUACAGACGGUUCUGGAGACUCCAUCAAGAUCUCCGCCAGGAGCAUCAAAUGGAACGUGGACUCUGUACAUGCUAAGAGUAUUGUGGCCAUUCUUCACCUGUUGAUGGCGCUGUCUUAACACUUCAGAGUACCAAUCAGACUUCCUGACCACGUGUCCAUCCAAGUAGUGGUGGUUCAGAAAAGGGAGGGAAUUCUUCAGUCCCGCCAGAUCCAGGAGGAGAUCACAGGCAAUACAGGGGCUUUAUCUGAGAGACAUGAGCAAGAUGCUUUCGAAGCCCUGUUUGACCCUACUCCAGAAAAGCUCAAUGUUGUGAAACAGACUCUCAUCACCUUUGUGAACAAACACUUGAACAAGCUCAAUCUGGAGGUGGCUGAACUGGACACACAGUUUGCUGACAGUGUUUACCUGGUUCUGCUGUUGGGACUGCUGGAGGGCUACUUUGUUCCGCUCUAUAAUUUCUUCCUGACAGAUGAGAACUUUGAUCAAAAGGUGUACAACGUGUCCUUCUCAUUUGAGCUGAUGCAAGAUGAAGGUCUGGAGAGACCCAGGCAUGAAGAUAUUGUGAACUGUGACCUCAAGUCCACGCUGAUGGUGCUGUAUAAUCUCUUCACCAGAUACAGAAAUGUGGACUGAAUAUGUGGUGUUGUUGGAACUCAUUUUACUGGUAAAUAUUCAAUUGCAAUUUUCACAAUUGCAUGCUUCAAGGGAAGCUUUUUAAUUAUGCCAAGAGCACUACGAACCAAUCCAGGACAUUAAGCAUUUUUAUUAUGAAACAACAAUUUAGCAAUAGAUUGUACCAAAUAUUGUAUGUGCCAUAAUAAUAACUAUAAAUUGUAUGUGCCAUGUUUUACUUGUCUGCAACUACACUAAAUAUACAUUACCAGUCAAAAGUCAGGACACACCUACUAAUUUCAGGGUUUUUCUUUAAUUUUACUGUUUUCAACAUUGUAGAAUAAUAGUGAAGACAUCAAAACUAUGAAAUAACACAUAUGGAAGUAUGCAGUAACCAAAAAAGUGUUAAAACAAAUCAAAAUAUAUUUGAGAUUAUUCAAAGUAGCCACCCUUUCCCUUGAUGACAGCUUUGCACACUCUUAGCAUUCUCUCAACCAGCUUCAUGUGGUAGUCACCUGGAAUGCAUUUCAAUUAACAGGUGUGCCUUGUUAAAAGUUCAUUUGUGGAAUUUCUUUCCUUAAUGCAUUUGAGGCAGUCAGUUGUGUUGUGACAAGUUAUGGUUGGUAUACAGAAGAAAGCCCUAUUUGGUAAAAGACCAAGUCCAUAUUAUGGCAAGAACAGCUCAAAUAAGCAAAGAGAAACGACAGUCCAUCAUUAUUAUAAGGCAGGUCAGUCAAUCUGGAAAAUGUCAAGAACUUUUAAAGUUUCUUCAAGAGCAGUUGCAAAAACCAUCAAGCGCUAUGAUGAAACUGGCUCUAAGGAAAGGAAGACCCAGAAUUACUUCUGCUGCAGGGGAUAAGUUCAUUAGAGUUAACUGCACCUCAGAUUGCAGCCCAAAUAAAUGCUUCACAGAGUUCAAGUAACAGACACAUCUCAACAUCAGCUGUUCAGAGGAGACUGUGUGAACCACAAUCACCUGACCUCAACCCAAUUCAGAUGGUUUGGGAUGAGGAAGGACCACAGAGCCAAGGAAAAGCAGCUAACAAGUGCUCAGCAUAUGUGGGAACUCCUUGAAGAUGAUUGGAAAAGCAUUCCAGGUGAAGCUGGUUGAGAGAAUGCUAAGAGUGUGCAAAGCUGUCAUCAAGGCAAAGGGUGGCUACUUUGAAGAAUCUAAAACUUUUGGGGGGUUACUACAUGAUUCCAUAUAUGUUAUUUCAUAGUUUGGAUGUCUUCACUAUUAUUCUAUAAUGUAGAAAAUAGUGAAAAUAAAGAAAAACCAUUGAAUGAGUGGGUGUGUCAACUUUUGACUGGUACUGUAUAUAUUUUGUUCAUAAAAGUCUAGGUAAAACAGUCAUUGUAUGAUUGUUUUUUUAUUGGUAUUUUUAUUGAUGAUAAUUGCUCUUUUAGUCUUUAAAAUGGUUAAGGGCGCUGUACUGCAGCGCCAGCUGUGCCAUCAGAGACUCUGGGUUCGCGCCCAGGCUCUGUCGUAACCGGCUGCGACCGGGAGGAUCGUGGGGCGGCGCACAAUUGGCCUAGCGUCGUCCGGGUUAGGGAGGGCUUGGCCUGAAGGGAUGUCCUUGUCUCAUCGCGCACCAGCGACUGUGGCGGGCUGGGCGCAGUGGGCGCUAACCAAGGUUGCCAGGUGCACAGUGUUUCCUCCGACACAUUGGUGCGGCUGGCUUCCGGGUUGGGUGCGCGCUGUGUUAAGCAGCAGUGCGGCUUGGUUGGGUUGUGUUUUUCGGAGGACGCAUGACUUUCAACCUUCGUCUCUCCCGAGCCCGUACGGGAGUUGUAGCGAUGAGACAAGAUAGUAGCUACUAAAAACAAUUGGAUAUCACGAAAUUGGGGAGAAAAAGGGGUAAAAUUGAAGAGAAGAAAACAAAACAAAAAAUGUUCUUUCAAAAGGUUGAUGUAGUGAUGAACUUGUUUUCAUUCACUUACCCUUCUCUACUUUCAUUACUUGUUUCCACUGGGUGCCGACGACGUGGUUGUCGAUUAAGGCAGCCCCCCGCACUUCUCUGAUUCAGAGGUUGGGUUAAAUGCGGAAGACACAUUUCAGUUGAAUGCAUUGUUGUACAACUAUCCCCCUUUCCCUUUCUAAUCCUUGAUAAGUGCCUUCAUUUAAACAUACUGUAUGCCAUUACUAGGAAGACACCACUUAAAGUGCUGACUGAUUUUACUAAGUUAUUUUACUUAGUCUCAAAAGUUUUUCAGGUAUCAUAUGUGAUUAAAAAAAUUAUAACUAAAUGAAAUUACUAAAUGUUUAAAUGUUAAAACAUUAAUUUUAUAAACUGAAGCUAUCCUUUUGCAGCUGUCUAAAGGUGUGAAAAUCUGUCAGACUUGGUUGUGCAAACACUGUGUUUGAAACUAUAUACACUACAAUCCAUAUACACUGUACUUGAAUUACUGUAGGUAGGUUAAUAGAGUUCAUUUAUCCAUAGUUUGUAUUACUUAUCUGUUAAUCCUGAAAUAAAACAGUCAAUCUGUG